CGAGCCCCGGCAGUUUCUGCCGCCAGGAGGGCGGGCGGGAUAACUCUUCAGGCAGGUCACACACACUAGAGGGAACAGAUCUGUUCAACCCUCAAGCCUGGGUCCGGACGCAUCGCCAGGGACUGAGCUCUGGCUUCAGCCCACUUCAGCUAAAAACGUGAAGAAAACAUAACUGGUCAAGACAAGAAGAAUCAAAUAGGGUGGCAGUCAACAUCUGGGCCAAAGCCACCUUGAGGAGUCAGAGCCCGUGACCAUCUCCACCUGGUUGGAGCCAGUGAUCAUCUUCAGCAGCUGAUAUCACAAGGAAGAUUUAGGGACCUGGGAGCACUCAGGAGAGUCUUUCCCGGAGACAUGGAGCUUGGGGGCCGAAUGCUCUGGGCCCUCCUGUCUGGCCCCGGGAAGAGGGGAGGCACCAGGGGCUGGGCCUUCAGCUCAUGGCAACCCCAUCUGCCUCUGGCUGGGUCAUUGAAUGCCACAGAGGUGGUCAGCCACUGGACUGCAGUCUUUGAGAAGAGGGGCAUCCCUGAGGCCCAGGCAUCCAUUUCAGAGCCUGAGACCAGUACUUUGGACCCAGCCCCUGACCUCUUGGCAGCUACAAUGCAUCCAGGAGCUGAGUAGCCGCCGAUUGCAAAGGAUGCCUGUGCAGUACAUCCUUGGCGAGUGGGACUUUCAAGGACUCAGUCUGAAGAUGGCCCCCCCAGUGUUCAUCCCUCGCCCGGAAACAGAGGAGCUGGUUGAAUGGGUGCUGGAGGAGGUGGCCCAGAGUCCCUGUACAGUGGGAGCCCAAGGUGGCCCCCUCAUCCUGGAGGUGGGCUGCGGAUCGGGAGCCAUCGCCCUCAGCCUGCUGAGUCAGCUUCCCCAGAGCCGAGUCAUUGCCGUGGAUAAAGGAGAAGCUGCCAUCUGCCUGACCCAGGAGAAUGCUCAAAGGCUUCGGUUGCUGGACAGAAUUCGGAUCGUCCCCCUCGAUGUGACCUUAGAGGGGAGCUGGGCGCACCUCCUGCCCUGGGGCCCCAUGGACCUGGUCGUCAGCAACCCUCCCUACAUCUUCCACCAAGACAUGGAGCAGCUGGCCCCUGAGAUCCGCAGCUAUGAAGACCCACUAGCCCUGGAUGGUGGGGAGGAGGGCAUGGACAUCAUUACCCACAUCUUGGCCCUGGCACCUUGGCUCCUGAAGGACUCUGGGAGCAUUUUCUUAGAAGUGGACCCAAGACACCCAGAGCUUGUUGGCAGCUGGCUUCAGAGCCGACCUAACCUGUUCCUUGAUCUCGUGGCUGUGCGCAGGGACUUCUGUGGGAGGCCCCGGUUCCUGCAUAUCCGGAAGUCUGGGCGACAGCGUGGCUGCCCCGCAGAUGCCUGGCCAGGGCCCCAGCCUGCCAGAGUGCCUGGCUGAGAGUUCUUCCUGGAGAGCUACUUGGAGGGAGGUGAUGGUACCUUCCAGAACCCAGAUGCUUAUGACAUUUCCCAUGAUUCUGUGAUUCUACAUUUUUUUAUGUUCUAGGAGACUUGGGGGUAGAAGCAAGGGUGGGGAUGUCUUUCCUGGGGUGGCACAGAACAAGGGCAUCCAUAGUUUGGCCCAGAGCUGAGCCGACCCAGGUUCCUGGUCUGGUUCCAUCCCAUCAGCGUUGCCAAGGGCAGGUUGCUCAAUGUCUCUGUGGGUGGAAUUGCCUUGGGGAUGUUGGGAGAUAGGGCCAAUAAAGUGUCGAGAGACCAACAA